GGCGGGGAGGGCUGUGCGAAGGGGCGGGGCCUGUUGGGAAGCCCACCCCUUCGCAGAGGCUCCUAGUGCAGCCGACCUACCUUGCGCCAGACGGGGAGAGCGGCUCAGGCGCCCGGACGUGGCUGCAGAUUUUGCUCCACAGACGCUGCUGUGUGCCAGGCGACACACAAAUAUACACCGGAACUCUCCCACCCAAGAAGAUGCUGAGAUCAAUGGUCAGCCUGGCUCUGCUUUUGGCAGUGCUCCAAGUCAGCCAUGGCCAACGCAUCAAAAGACUAACCGCUUGCUUGACUGAUCAAACCCUGCGGAUAGACUGCGCCUACGAACGGAAAACCACCAACCCUCUCUCCUACGAAUUCCGCCUGUCCAAAGACGCUACCGAGGGAACAGUUGUGGCCGGCAACUUCAAAGUAGCAAGCGUUGCCUACAAACAGCGCACCAAUGUCACAACCACCAACAACCUCGUGUGCCUGUAUCUCAACGGCUUCAGCACCAACGAUGAGGGAGUCUACACCUGCAAGUUGAAGAUCACCAGCGAUUACGAAGACAUGCAGUCCAGAAACAUCUCUGUGGUCAAAGCCCAGUUGGCGAAAUGCGCCGGGAUCAGCGUCUUCAUCCAGAACACCUCCUGGCUCCUCCUGCUCCUCCUGUCGCUCCCUUUACUGCAAGCGGUGGAUUUUGUGUCGCUCUGAAGGGAGAAGAAAAACCAGCGAGUGGGGAGAGGGGCACCGGGAGGUGGGGUGGGGGGAACAGGAAGGAAGGAAGGAAGGAAGGAAGGAAGGAAGGAAGGAAGGAAGGAAGGAAGGAACGGCCUGUCACACAAGCCUAAACCCAUCCAGGGAACGUGGGCCUCUUCCUGGUGGUUUUGGAAAGUGGAAACCGGUGUGGACCAUGGAUUUGAGCCGGAAGGCAGAAGGGUUUUCUCUUAAUCUUCUCUUUCUCUGUAUCUUCUCUCUCUCCCUCCCUCUCUCUCUCUCUCUCUCUUUCUAUUUAGCCACAUAGCUGCUGGGAGUGACUGAUUUGCGCUUAGACCCAAUUUUAUCGUGCCGUAACGUGCAAGCAACGCCUCGCAGGGCUUGGGGAAACUGGGAGCAUGACUACAUAGCCCAUCGCCUCGCCUUCCUUCCCUCCCUCCCUCUGCUUUCACCAUCCCGCUUUCUCGUUCGAGCCUCUUCAAUCCCCUAACCCCCCUCCCCAAAAGCAGAGCAGUGGCCACCAUUGUUGGGAUUGUUGUUUUGGGGUGUUCUUUAUUUUUUGCUUUUCCACUUCUGUUUUUUUUUUUUUUUUUCCCCCUCUCUGGUCUUCCAAGAACUCUCUGGGUAAGGAAAAACGGGGGUUUCUAGGAGGUCUGGGGGUGCUAGAGCUUCCAUUUCUUCUUCUUUUUGUUUUGGGCAAAAGGACCCGUGGGGCAGGGAGAGGAUGGGGAGAUGGUUCCACUUAUGGGGGCCGAAGGGGUUUCUUGGAGGGAUGGGCUGCCAAGCUGAACAAUAUCAAGAGUCGGAGAACUUUGUCUUGGGCUGCGUCAAAGAAGGAACUGGGGAUCCCUCCUUUUCUUAAAAUAUAGCUUAAAUGCAUGCAAUGUUUCCAAACAGAGGUUUAUUUAUUUAUUUAUUUUAUCAUAUUUGUAUACCGCCCUACUCCCGAAGGACUCAGGGCGGUGAACAGCCAAAAUAAAAUACAAAGACAUACAAAAGUUAAAAAAGUAUUAAAAACAGAUUAAAUAAUUUAGGCUCAAGAAACAAAUUAAAACAUCCAAUUUAUCUAAAAAACAUUUAAAAGCCAAUUUAAAAGCCAAUUUAAAAGGGAGAGUUAGGCCAGACCAGCCUGUUGGAAUAAAAACAUUUUUAGGGCGCAGCGGAAGAUGCGUAAGUCUUGGAUCCUCCGUAUCUCCGAGGGGAGCUUGUUCCAGAUGGCAGGUGCCCCCACAGAGAAGGCUCUCCCCCUGGGGGCUGCCAGUCGACAUUGUUUGGCUGACGGCACCCUGAGGUUAAAAUUGGGCUGUAAUAAAUUCUGCAAUCCAGUUUUGGGUGCCUAUGCAGGGCCCAGAAUUUGGCCGCUGCCGGUUUCUGCCAUCAGCUUGAGUAGGUUUGAUAAAAAGUGCAACGUUAUUAUUAUUUUUGGAUGACUGUUGUGCUGUUGGACCUCAAGAGGGCAACAAGGCAUGUAUGCAGCAAAAGAGGCUUGCAAAUGGGCUGCAGGAGCAGCGGCUUGUGGGUCCGAGCAACCCCUGGCACCUGUGACUCACAGUGGGUGCCGUUUGCUAGAAAGGGUGGGGCUUUUGUGGUUCCCAGAUCUGUUCGUUUGGGGGCAGGACGGUUCGCAGGGGUGAGUCCUGCUUUGGAGGAAGGAGAGUCCAUGGCCCAGCUGGAUGGCAGAAACCUCCUAUUGGCAAAGAGGUGAUCAAAGAGGUAGCUACUGGAUUGCGAAAGAAAGAGAGAAAGAAAGAAAGAAAGGAAGGAGGGAGGGAGGGAGGGAGGGAGGGAAGGAAGGAAGGAAGGAAGGAAGGAAGGAAGGAAGGAAGGAAGGAAGGAAGGAAGGAAGGAAAAUGAAGCUAUGUUCAGUGGCUGCAUACAAUUAUAGAGGACAGCAGACAUAACUUAGGGACUUUCAUCAGAUUUGAUUCAGUGUAACUAGAAGCAGGGAUUGAUUUCAAUUCAGCCAACACCUGUCAAAUAAGAAAGGAAAGGAAGGAAGGAAGGAAGGAAGGAAGGAAGGAAGGAAAAGAAAGAAAGAAAGAAAGAAAGAAAGAAAGAAAGAAAGAAAGAAAGAAAGAAAGAAAGAAAGAAAGAAAGAAAGAAAUCCUUGUUUUUUUGAGAAGAAUAAUUCAGAUUCUCUCAUUUUAGUUUGCCCAGCUCAAUCUGGCCUUUUGAGAAGAGCCGUUUAUGGUUGGAAGGAAAGUCUGUGCAUUAUGGACAACCAUUUCUCUGAAAUGGCAGAGGGUUUCCUGCUUAAGCAGGGGGUUGGACUAGAAGACCUCCAAGGUCCCUUUUGACUCAGUUAUUCUGUUUUAUUCUUUCCCUGUGACCAAAAGAGUCACGUGGCUUGCAAGAGGACAUCUGCAAGGGGUCACCUCUCCCUCGCUCUCAAGAAAACCGGUGCCUUCUCAGAGUUAUUUCUGUUUAUUUGAUUUCUACUGCCAGAUGCUGGCAAGGCAGGAAUUGGUAGUUAAUGACUCUCUGACGAAGCGUAAUUUCAUCCGUUUCCCUUUGGCUUGCAUUUCCGGACACCAAGGUGGAGGAGACUGCAGAGAUUGGCUGCUCUCCAAGAAUUUGCAAGAGGCUUGUGUGAGUCAAGAAUGCAAGGUCAAAGAAGCUCCUAGCCCAUUUCUGUAAAAAGUGGGGUUCCACAUCCAUUCUUAGAGCGACACCUUUGUACCCAACAAUUAUAACAAAAGGGAGUGAUUUAUUUAGCUGCAAUAAGAUAAUCCAACAUGUGUUUAUGCAUCAUUGAUAUGGCCAUCCAUCUCGUGAAAAGCAUCUAAAUAUGCUAAAAUGCACCAAGAAUGCCCAAAUGCCAGGAAGAGUGGCGCCCUUAAAUUACAAGUUUAAUGCCGGGAAAAAAUGAGAUCAAUUGCACAUCGUAUGCGCCAUAGGAUGGCGCAACUGAUGUUAAGUUUAUGAUAGGAAGAAAGAGAAGAUUAACGUAUGAAGAAGAAUUUCGGGAGCCAACAUUGAACUCGAUAUCAGGGGGCCGAAAAAUUGGGCUUAAAAAGUCAAAACGAAGUGGGUUAAAAUCAAAGCAUAAUGCGAUGUGUUAUAUUUUGCAGGUGGAAAAAUAAGAACAAUCAAAAAAAUGCUUGUUAAACGUUCCUAACUUGCAGGCUCUAUUUUGCGAAGAUGUUUGCAUGCAAGUCAUUUUGGAGUUUAAUUUGGAAUGUAUUUAAAAUGGCUGCUUCUCUGUGGGUUAAAGUAAUAUUUAGCUGCGAGGAUCUGGAAAGGUGGAAUGCAGAAGCGAUGGGUGAGGUUGAAAUGUCCUUCAGAAAUUCUGGGCUUGCAAAUUGGGAUUUCUUCCCUUAAACACCCAGCUCUUAUAUGAUGCUGGGUGUAGCAGGUUUUCUGCAUUUUUUUCUCCUUCCUUCAAAAUAGUGGAGCCGGAAGAGUUACUGCAGGAUAAGAUUUCUGAAGGUUUAUGGAAAAGCAGCGAUUCCCUUCAGCAGUGGAGCAUUGCACAAAGCGAUCAGAUAAUUGAAGUUGGGGGCUUUAUACUUUUAAAACAGGAAAUGACUGGCACACAUUUUAGCAACCAGUGUCUGCGUCUAAGAACGGAGGUGUGAUAUUUGAAAUUUUGAAACACCUUCUGUUGCAGGCUUCCCAGAACGAAGUAUCAGAUUGUCAAGGCCAAACCUUUACACAGCAAAGAUAUUUAAAAAAAAAAAAAGAUUGCAGUAUUUGGAAUCCCUCAGAAUGGAGGAUAAAAAAAAUUCGCUUUAAGACAAUGUAUAUUACUGAUUAUUAUUUUUUUAAAUUGGAAGGAAGGAAGGGAGGGAGGGAAGGAGAGAGAGAGAAAGGAAGGGAGGGAGGGAAGGAGGGAGGGAGGGAGGGAAAGGCAGGAGGAAGGAAAGAAGGAAGAAAAAGAGAGAAAGAAAAAUAAAUAAAUAAAAAGAAGGGAGGAAGGAAAGAAAGAAGGAAGGAAGGAAGGAAGGAAGGAAGGAAGGAAGGAAGGAAGGAAGGAAGGAAGGAAGUUUAGUUUAGUUUAGUUUAUUUGAUUUGUAUACCGCCCUACUCCCGAAGGACUCAGGGCGGUGAACAGCCAACAAUAAAAUACAUAAAUACACAAAAUUUAAAAACCCGAUAAAAUCAAAUUAAAUUUGGAAGGAAGGAAGGAAGGAAGGAAGGAAGGAAGGAAAGAAAGAAAGGAAGAAAGAAAGAAAGAAAGAAAGAAAGAAGAAAGAAAGAAAGAAAGAAAGAAAGAAAGAAAGAAAGAAAGAAAGAAAGAAAGAAAGAAAGGAGGAAGGAAAGAAGGAAGAGGCAAAACCUGCUCUUAUCAGGCAGGGUAAACAAAGUAAGAUACAAAAUUAAAUCAGAUGGAAAUAUUCGUCGCAAAUUUUAUUCCCAGCCUUUAAAGGGCCUCCUGAUUUCUUGGCGUGGUUAAAAUUACAGGGUGAGCUUAAGUGGACGGAUGGAGGGCAGCCAGGUGGGCACCAGAUCCAAGAGGCCAGAAUAGAUGGGUUUGUAAGAUACUUUUGAUUUUGAUUUGAUUUAUAUAGCUGCCCAUCUCAAACCGGUGACUCUGGAUGUUUUCGGAUUGCCCUGCCUCUUUCUCCGGCCCUUCCCCACCUGGCCCUUUCUCUCCCCCCCCCUCUGUCCCUCCCCGAUCGGGCUUUUGCUUUCCCAUCUAAGCCAACCGCUUUCGCUUCCUCCCACCUUCAGGAUUUUAUUGCUCAGGUAACGCCAAACCCUGGUUUCCUCUCUCGGCUCUUGAUUUUUCCGGGCAAAAUUCAGCAGCUCCCAAUUAGGAAUGCCCUCCCCUCUUUUUCCCUCGGGGUCCAGAACUGCCCAUCCCUCCUGCUUCAUCCUCGUCUCCUUCCGUGAACAUUGGUAGAGUGUUUUUUCCCCACCCGCUUCUUGUCAAAGAAAACCAAGGGGGCAAAAAGCACCCCAAUCCGCACAAAUAAAAUCCUUAGGUUGUAGAA